UCACGGUCGUGAACAUUGGUUGAGGACCGUGAUCUUCAGCAAAGGUGCACCAUUUUACUUAUGCACUUCAUGGUCCAAGGCGAGUGUUCACGGUCCAGCGAACAGUCGAGGUCCAGUGAGGUGUGCAAAAACCUUCUGGAACCAUUGUGAUUCACGGUCGGGGCGCGAUCUUCACGGUCUUGGUGGCCGUGAAUUCAUGGAUUCAACCGUAAUCUGCCGCUGUCCUCUCCUUUUGACCCGUUUUUGCUCCUUUUCAUCCAACUUUCGUUUCCGGGGUUGAUUUACCUGCUAGGAUCUUAAACAUAGCAAAACAAAGCAUGACCUAGCGUAAAAUCAACCCCCAUUGGGUGAAAUCGCCUCAAACAUCUAAGGAAAAAAUGAGGUAAAAUGUGUGCAUUUUGACCCGAAUAAAAAUGUUAUUAACCCUAUAUAAAUUUCGUUACAAAAUUUUUAGAAGCAAUCAUGGGAAUACUUGAGGAAGCCUUAAUCUCCCUCCAAACACUCUAGUUGCACCACCAAAAAAAACAAAACCACUUUUUCACACGCUCACAUCCUAAAUAAUAAGUAAUAACACCAAUGAUCAUCAUUCGAUUGCCUUGGUUAGGGGAGUACAUAUCGAUUAUAUUGGUGAUCCAUCAAUAGUAGAAAAAUUAGUCAUUCGCUAGGCCAUCCAGCGGUGUCUGGAUUGUGGUCUAAGCAGGUUCGUUUUGAAGGGGACGUGAAGGUGGUCAUUGAUAAGAUAAACCAAGCCGAUAAACAAGAUAAUCACUUUGAAGUCAUUCUCAAGGAAGUUUUUUGUUUGUUGGCAAUUAUAAUGGUCUUAAUGUAUGAUUUGUUGGUCGGAAUAGCAAUAUGGUAGCCCACUUGGUGACUAGUAAGACCAUUUCUUUGUACCCGACAACGUGUCGUUCUUUUAAUUUUCUUUCCUGGUUUUAUAUCUGAGUGUAAUGUGUUCGAUCUCUUUCUAAUCAAUAUAAAUUAUCUUUUGUAAAAGAAAUUAAAUUAUCUAAAAUUAACUUUGGACAGAAAAAUAAACAAAAACUAUAACAACAAAUUUCAGAAAUCCUUAUUGUCCAAAGAGAAAAGAAAGAUAGAAAAAUAGACAAACGUGAUGGCAUCCCAAAAUAAACCCGAACCAAAUGGUUCUCUUUUCCAAAUCCCACACUUGAGCACUAUAGGCUUUAUAGCUAAUCCUUUCUCUUCAUAUUAGUACAAUUUAUUUUUCAUCUGCGAUCUUAUCAUACCACAUGCCCACAAUAUGUUACAAUUAAAGAUACCAUAUCGUCAUUUAUGACUUUGAAUGAAAAUUAAUCACAAGAUUCUGAGAACCAAUCAAUAAAAUAUUAGUUAAUUACCAUACAUUAGACUAAUAUUAGUUAAUUUCAAUUGUUUUUUUUUUCCCUUCUUCCAAUUGUUGGUGCUCCUCUCCCUCUAAACACUCUGUGGCACUAGAAAAACAUAACAAAAUUUGAAGAAAUUCUUGUGAUAUUUCAAUCUUUUUCUAACAUAAAUAUUAUUCUUUUUGUGGGUGCACCAUAGUAACAUCCUAACAGAUCACUCGUCUCCCCACUAUUCCAAACUAAGCACGUUCUAAAGAGGUCACUCGUCUCCCCCAUUUCUCUCCUUCAAUCAAACUCAAAGACAUCAAACAGUUUUGAUCUCCUCUUCUUUCUUAUUUCUUCUUCCUCUAAUCUUCUUCUUAGCUCGGUACAGUUCCCUUCCAAUAUAAAGAAACCAUGUCCAUGCGACCACCAUUUUUUGCAUCAAUUGCAAUCUUAGAUAUUGGGUUCCUCCAUUUUUUUGCCUUUCUCUUUUUUCUCUCUACUUCAGCUUUUAAUUCGGUUUAAUUAGUCUUCCUUUUUGUUUGCUUGGCGUUAAGUAACAGCUUGACAUUGAAACAGUCUAAAAUUAGGGAGCAAAAAAAGAGGAGCAUUAAGUUUUUUUUUUUUUCUUUUACUUUUGGGAUUUCAGUUAAUAAAGAAAGAGGGAGAGAGUUGAAGAGAUUAUUCUCAAGACAAAGUAGUGAGUGCUUCCAUUUGCUUUUUUCAUCAGUUUGGUAAGCCUGAUUCAAUCGCAGAAAAAACUGUCACAUCUCUAGAGAAAAACUAUUGUUCCUCCUUUUUUCCCUCUGAUUCAAUCGCAGUCUAGUAGAGAAAUCAACUAUCAAGCUUCGAGAUUUGUUUUCUCUCUGCUUCUUGAUCUCGAUUGUGCUUUCCACCAUUUCUUGUUCCUUCCAAGUUCAUAACGAAAUGUCACAUUGUCCUGCAAUUUUGGAGCUUCUAGUUUUGAGCUUGAGCUAUUGCUCCUAAUCUUCCUUCUUUCCUUUGCUGAUCUUCUUUUCCAUCCGGGUUAGAUUUGGGUUUCGAUUAAAAAGAAAAGAGGAGAAUAAUCUUGAGGCCAAAGAUCAUGGAGCCAAAUCAGAAGAAGAAGUUCAUUUGCAAGUUCUGCAACAAGAGGUACCCAUGUGGGAAGUCAUUGGGAGGCCAUAUCAGGAUCCAUCAGAAUUCCAAUUAUUCGACCGAUGAUUUCGAUGAUGAAGCAGCUAAGCUCAACAUGAACAAUGCCAAGAAGGAUUCUUCAACUGAUGCUGCGGGUUACAUUCUUAGGGAGAACCCAAAAAAAACCAGAAAGUUUGAAACUGAUGUCAACAAUCCUGCUGCAGCAGGCUUGUCACUCCAGGAUAAGAUUUGCAAAGAAUGUGGCAAAGGCUUUCAAUCCCUCAAGGCAUUGUGUGGUCACAUGGCUUGUCACUCGAGAAACUAUAACUACGAUGAUCAAUCCGACACGAGUGACAAGUUGAAGGAUUUUGUGAUGGAUGAUCAAUCUGAUACUGAGACUUCAGCUCCAAGCAAGAGAAGGAGAUCCAAGAGAAUGAUGAGGUACAAAAAUGUUGGUCUAUAUAAUUCUUCCUCUACUAAUACCUCCUCUCCUGUUGUUGCUACUGCUGCUGCUGCCCCUCCUUCUAGGAAUGACUCUGGUUCUUUCUCAUCUUUGGCCUCUGAUCUGGAGCAAGAGCAAGAAGAUGUAGCUAGGUGUUUGAUGAUGUUGUCAAAGGACUCUAGUUUGAAAGGCUGUUUGAGCUACGUUGGUGAUUCUUCUGACAACAAUUCUGUUGUUUUGGAGGCCAAGUCUUCUUGCCUUACCAAGAUGAGAAUGAGGGUGAAGAAUAAUAAUAAUAACAAUAAUAGUUCGAGUUGCUACGAGGAAGAUGAUGAUGCGGGUGGUGAUGGUGACAACAGCUUUCUGGAGAUGAAAAUAGCUAGGAAGAAGAAGCAGCAUCAACAAAGGCAGGUAGUGAUUUCUUCUGAGAAUGACGAUGCUGGUGGUGGUGGUGAUGGUGGAUAUGAUUCUGCAAAUUCUGAUUCUGACUACUUCAAUUAUGGGCCUAAGAAGGUUGUUGAACCAGAGGUAGUUUCCUUCCAUGGUUCCACUGCAAGGUUUGCUAGAGUUGAGAUGAGAUCAGGGUUUGAGGAGAGCAAUAAUGAUGCAAAGAGAAAAGGCUCUACCAAAAUUGCUGCUGCUGCUUCUGGUGCAAUGGGAGCUCAACAACAAAGGAGAAGCAAUAUCCACUACAAGAGAGGCAGAGAUGAAAAUCUGUAUGAGAGUGGAGAGAACAACUUGGAGACUGAGAAUGUGGCCAGCAGCAAGAAGGCGAUUAAGUCGAGCAAUGGUGGUGGUGGGAAGAACCCUCAAGGAAAGACCAGCAAGUUCUUAUCCUCAUCAGCAGCAGCAGCCAAAAAGGUGAAAACCCAUGAGUGUCCAUUUUGCUCAAAGGUGUUUAGGUCAGGUCAAGCCUUGGGAGGGCACAAGAGGUCCCAUUUUGUUGGAGCAGCUGAUGAUGCAACAGUGGUUAUUAAGCAACAAGUUGGACUCAUUGAUCUCAACCUCCCAGCUCCUGUGGAAGAAGAACAACACCAUCAUCAACAAGAAGCUCAAAAUGGGUUUGUGACCUGGUAAUCAAAUUCAAAGAAACAAACAACAACCACCUUUAUGAACCAAGGCCAAUUCUCAGAAGGCGAGGAAAAACAAAAAAGGGAAUGGAUAUAAAGAUGGGAGCUUUGGUUUGGAAUUUGGUUUCUUGUGAAAAGGGUCAGAAAUAUUUUCUGUGAGGACAAUGAUGGCAGAGUGUACAGACAAAUAGACAGGACAGCUUACA